CUUGACCGUUCGUUCUCCAGAGAGCACUAUGGAGCGGCAUCCUUAUUGCGCGAGUCGCCUAGUCGUUGUUCGGCACCGCUGUUUCGUCUUCACCAAAAAAUACCAAGUUGAAGACUCUAUUCUCUAGGGUUUUUCAGGCUUUCUGCGGAGGUAUCAUACACAUGGAUCCCGUAAAAAUGCAGGGUACUGUGCUUGCAUUCACGGAUGAUGCUGUUCUGCCAUUGAAGGCAGUUAUAAGUGCAAUGAGGGAGCUGGGAUAUGAAGGUGCUGAACAGUGUGAUCCUCAAAUUAUCACUCAAGCUUCUUCUUUAAGUCGGCUGCCAGUGGAAUCUUCCUCUGUCGACGUUGUAAUUUCAAUCUGCGGGUUGCUCGAAUCUUCUGGAGAUUUUUUGUUUGAGGACGUUUUAAGGGUGUUGAAGCCAGAUGGGACUGUCCUUGUUUACAAGACUUUGCCGGCUGGUUCUGGGGAGACAGAUAAGGCAAUCUCUGCUCUUGAGCGCAAGUUGCUUUUGGCUGGGUUUCUAGAAGCACAAUCUCUAGAACCAAAAUUGGUUGGACCACCCAACAGCAUUCAGUCUUUUGUGGUUAAGGCUAAGAAGCCUUCUUGGAAAAUUGGAUCAUCCUAUGCUCUUAAGAAGCCUUCAAAAAGUACAUUCAAAUUACAGAUUGAGGAUGAUUCAGAUUUCAUUGACGAGGAUAGCCUUUUGACCGAAGAGGAUUUGAAGAAACCUCAGCUACCUACUGUUGGCGAUUGCGAAGUUGGAAGCACACGAAAAGCUUGCAAAAAUUGCACAUGUGGGAGAGCAGAGGAAGAAGAGAAAGUGCAAAAGUUGGGACUGACAAUGGAUCAGCUGAAUAAUCCUCAGUCGUCGUGUGGCAGUUGUGGAUUAGGGGAUGCUUUUCGUUGCGGUACAUGCCCUUAUAAGGGUCUUCCACCAUUCAAGUUGGGUGAGAAGGUUUCCUUGUCCGGGAACUUUCUUGUGGCGGACAUUUAAACGUGAACUUGGAGUUUUCUAGUUUCCCAUUGCGUUUUUCUAGAUUCUUUAUAAAAGGCCUGGCUGAUGGGUGUCUUAUUUUCACUUGAGAUGUAGUUUAUUCACUCUUAUAGUCUUUGCCGAUCCUACUUGAGUUCUAUCAUUUGAUGUGGGCAUAUAUACUGCUCAGUGAUUUGUGUUAUUUGAUAUAUAGACUAUAUGCUAUGCAUAAUGAAAUAAAUCAUGAACUUUCUCCCUUGGAGUAGUGUUA